AUGGCGCCCAUCGACCUCCCGCCCAUGCCAGACUUCGGCGUACGGUUUGUAUUUCGCCUCACCCUCGAGUUCCUUGUCGAGAAGAAGGUCACAGGACGGAGGGCUAAUAAGAGUUUCGAGGAUCCACAGCACGUGCUCGAAGACGUUAUUAGGCUGCUGGACAGUUUAGGCCUCCCUGCCAUCGCUCCCGAGACGACUCAGGACCACUACGCUUCACAUCAAGGCUUAUGGCAGUUACACCCGCCUCAUUGUGCAUCCAACAGUCCCAACGCGCUAGGUCUCCCCUUUACGGUAGCCUUUAGCCCCUUCAAGCAAAUCAGUACUGACGAGUUGCUUUUGAGUAAGGCAUCCGCCCCUUACCUAUUCAACAAGGGAAAAGCCAUAGCUACGAGGUCGCCCAUGUUCGAGCUUGCUAUGUCGCGAGACGAUUGGCAAUCUCCAUUUUACGCGUAUAGAAUGUUGGAUUUACUCAACACCAUUACAAAGAACGAUUUGAUCCAGAAGAUGCGCAUUUUGCCGGCCAGAGAUGGCGCCACGGAGUUGAUAGGUGCGUUCAUAUUCUCUACUCUUCAAGCUAACGAGCCAGAUGAACGAACACUUGGAUUCACACAGCACAGUGGAACACUGAACAUGACGCGCAUCUACCAUUGGGUUUCGACCUGCCUUGGAAUUGUGGACGCAUGCCUGACGUCAAGCCCUAUGCGUAUGAAUGAUCUACUCCAGAAGCUGGGGGAUCCAAUCAUCCGGUCCGCGACCAGCGGUCGAAGCGAAGACAGCAGCGGCCUCACCGUUGAAGAGCUCUUGCGCCAACUGAAGCUUGAAGAGACAGCCAGGUACUUUGAGGGUCUCGGUCGAAACCCCCAAGUCCCAGAGUUGGCUGAACUUGCUUCGCGAUUCGCUGUGGAUCUUGAGGGUGUAGAAAAGGAUGCAGAAACAAGCCCGCAGUAUACAUUCGGCGUGGAAAUGGAAUUCAUGGUCCCUGCCGGCGAGAAGGCCCUAGACCCGCACCCCCAGGACCCGCGCUGGUUCAUUGAUGCCAAGGAUUGGAAUUUUGACCGUCUUGGGGAUGGCGAUGAAUUGACAACUGACGGAUCACAGGCCUCGUUCGUGGACAUCACCGCGCAAGAAGACUGCAGUCAAUUUCUCCGUAUCAAAAUUGCGACGCUCCUUGCAGACAACGGUUUCUUCGCCUCAAUCUCCGACAAUCAAGAUAAAGUGCACCUGCAUAAACUCGCACUCGGCGCGGGUUUCAUCAUCCAUCCUCACUUCAACAUUAUCUUCCAAUCUUGGCAAGUACAACACGAUUUAAGCCUCGACGAAACGGCAGACCCGGUUGAUGGCUACAGCAAGGGUUUUGCCGCUAUGGAGGUUGCUUCACCCAUAGGCCGCGCCAAUUCUGAUGGGUUCGGGAAGUUUGCCGAAGGUCUAACACUCAUGCGCAACAGUUUCCGCACAAUCAUUCCUGAACAGGCGGGUUUGCAUGUUCACGUCUCACCGCACAAUAAGCAAUUUGAUCUGCUUCAAUUGAAACGGAUCGUGACCGUCAUCUGGUUCGCCGAGCCCAUUACGCAAUUGUUCAUUGCAUCACAUCGCCGCGGGCCUCAUUGCAGAUACUGCCUUCCGAUUUCGACCAGCUCUGACGCAGCUACUGGCAAUGAAUCUUGCCAUCUUCUAGAGCUCACAGAAAAUCCCGAGGAACAGGGUCGCCUUGAGGAAGACUUGAGGAAGCACGUGCCACUUGGGUGUAUUUCGUCAUCGUUGGUACAGAAAUCCAUGGGGCUCAUCUGGAGCACGAUAAGCCUAAGCGAUCUGACAAUGCUUACCUGCAACGGAGCUACUCGCGGUGCGGUCACCCUGUCACACCUACGGGAAACUGACACUUUGACCAAUAAAGGUGAGUCAGUAUUCGAAGGGACUAUUGAGUUCCGCGCUGCGCAGGGCUGCAUGGACCAGGUUUACAUCAUCCACUGGGUGCGCCUAUGUGUGGCGCUCGUCCGAAAGGGUCAACACGGUCAACCAGAAGACAUAUACGACUGGGUUUCUCGUCUUGUCGAGAAGGUUGAACACCCCCUAGUCAAACUGACAUACAUCCUCGAGAGCCUGGGAUUAAGCAGGGACCUUGAGUUUUGGCAGAGCAGGGUUGAAAGAUCUCAGUGA